UCCUGAAGCAGCCCCCACCCCAAACCCUCCAUAUGGGGGGGGCUGCCACUUCAAAGACCUGAGGGGGAGCUAAGGAAGGCCACUCAUUCAAGGUGAAAACAGCUGCUUUCAAGGAAAAACCAAAAAGUGACAACAUAGUCAGUUUUAGGGAGGAAUGACCUCACCUCGGCUCCCCCAAGGUUUGAACAGGAAAUAGAGAGUGCCGCUGCACCCCCACCCCGCUACGUUCUCCAGAAGAGAAAACAUCAGUGUGGAGCAGAGGUGUUUUUGCAGAAGGUGCUGGAAUCACAGUGGGCAGUAGAAUCUGAGGUGUACACAGCUGUCUUCACCCAUAUACCACCCAUGCAGCAGCCAAGGCAUCUUCUCGCAGUCUGGUGCUAAUUUCUUCAAUAAGCCUUGGCUUUGUGGCUCUUAUCAGAUCAGCGGGUUGCCAACAAGAGGCUGGGUUGCGGACCGAUGCGAGACCCUGCGUGAAGGAGCCCGGUGCGUGGCCUCUGCACGCACAACUUGAAGAGCCUUGAGGAAUGUGGGUUUGUCCUGCAGUCCGUUACUACCCCCUCUCUUCCACUCGCAGCCUGUCUCUCCGCGUGUCCCCUCCCCUCUCCCUCAAACAGGACAAUUCCCCAAGUUUUCUCUUUUUCUCGCAAGGCUAUAGUUCAAUAUUCCAUUGUGGGGCACGUAUCCUGUCUUCGAUUCCCUUUGAAGGCUCCUAGACGCAGAGGGACUCCAACUGCUGCGAGCCCUGCUGUGGAGUACACCCAGGGACUUGGUGUGGAUCCAAGUCUAAAUCCCGCGUGUCCUGGGUCUAUUAGUUAAACCCGGAGUCUGAGAGGGUUGAACGGCUGACUGACCAAUGGCAUCCAUGAUGCUGGCCCAGGCGCUGCUGGGAUGGGUGUGUCUCUGUGCUACCCAGGUGAUGGGGUCACAAACAGGGACAGGAGCGUACCCAGCGAGCCGCUUCACCGGGGCAACUGAGCAGAGAGAAGCACAGAGGGUCCGCCGCAGAGGCCAGGAGACUCUCAGAGGACCCAAUGUGUGUGGCUCCCGUUUCCACUCCUACUGCUGUCCCGGCUGGAAGACUUUGCCCGGAGGGAACCAGUGCAUCGUCCCAAUCUGCAGGAAUUCAUGUGGCGAUGGCUUCUGCUCCAGACCCAACAUGUGUACCUGUUCCAACGGUCAGCUCUCGCCCAGCUGUGGUGCCGGAGCUGGAAUUCAGUCUUGUAACAUCCGCUGUAUGAAUGGAGGCAGCUGUGCGGAGGACUCGUGCUCGUGUGCAAAGGGUUACACAGGGAGCCACUGUGGACAGCCUGUCUGUGAGAAUGGCUGCCAGAACGGUGGGCGCUGCAUUGGGCCCAACAGAUGUGCCUGUGUCUAUGGUUUCACUGGCCCGCAGUGCGAGAGAGACUACAGGACAGGACCCUGCUUCACCCAGGUCAACAAUCAGAUGUGUCAGGGUCAGCUAAGUGGCAUUGUAUGCACCAAAACUCUGUGCUGUGCUACCAUUGGUCGCGCAUGGGGGCACCCCUGUGAGCAGUGCCCUGCCCAACCGCACCCCUGCAGGAGAGGCUUCAUCCCCAACAUCCGCACCGGAGCAUGCCAAGAUGUGGAUGAGUGCCAGGCUGUACCAGGGCUGUGCGCUGGAGGGAACUGCAUCAACACUGUGGGCUCAUACGAGUGCAAAUGUCCUGCUGGCCACAGACAGAGCGAAACCAAUCACAAGUGUGAAGAUAUUGAUGAGUGCAGCAGCAUCCCUGGAGUGUGCGAUGGAGGAGAGUGCACUAACACAGCUGGUAGCUACGUGUGCACCUGUCCACGGGGCUACAUCACCAGCACGGACGGCUCCAGAUGUGUCGAUCAGCGUGUUGGCACCUGUUUCUCUGCCCUGGCGAAUGGCCGCUGUGCUGCAGAGUUGACGGGGCAGUACACCAAAAUGCAGUGCUGCUGUGACUCAGGGCGCUGCUGGGCUUUGGGCGCCAUCCCGGAGAUGUGUCCCGUCCGUGGCUCUGAUGAGUUUAGGCGCCUGUGCAUUGUGGGUGUUCCUCAAGGCCACGGUCUCCCUCACGUCUACCCCAAUGGACACUUCCCCAACACCAACGGCAAUGGCUUUCACUAUGGCUACAAGUUCCCCAGCCUGCCCAAUGGUAAUGGCAAUGGGGGAAAUGGUGGAGGAGGGGGCUUCGGAGGGAAUGGAGGUGGAUUCAAUGGGAAUGGAGGCAAUGGAGGAGGUCUAAACCACCAGCAAAUUGGCACUGUCUCUGUGAAUGACACUGUUGAUGUCUGCAAGCACUUUACAAACCUGUGUUUGAAUGGACGCUGUAUCCCUACACUGAACAGCUAUCGGUGUGAAUGUAACAUGGGAUACAAGCAGGACAUACGUGGGGAAUGUAUUGAUGUGGAUGAAUGUGUUAGUAAUCCUUGUAUCAACGGAGACUGUGCCAACACACCUGGGUCUUAUCACUGCAAGUGUCACGAGGGUUACCAGGGCACCCCCACUAAACAAGCCUGCAUUGACAUUGAUGAAUGUAUUGUGAACGGAGUGAUGUGCCGCAAUGGUCGCUGUGUCAACACUGAAGGAAGUUUUCAGUGCAUCUGCAAUGCUGGCUUUGAGCUGACCCCUGAUGGAAAGAACUGCAUUGACCACGAUGAAUGUGCAACCACCAACAUGUGUCUCAAUGGGAUGUGCAUUAAUGAAGAUGGGAGCUUUAAGUGUAUUUGCAAACCUGGUUUUGCCCUGGCACCAAAUGGACGUUAUUGUACUGAUAUUGAUGAAUGCCAGACUCCAGGUAUCUGUAUGAAUGGACGGUGUAUUAACUCAGAGGGGUCAUUCCGCUGUGAGUGCCCUCCCGGUUUGGCCAUUGAUGUUGACGGCAGGGUUUGCGUGGAUACUCACAUGAGGACCACCUGUUAUGGUGCCAUCAAAAUGGGCACCUGCUCACGCCCAUUUCCUGGAGCUGUAACCAAAUCUGAGUGCUGCUGUGCCAAUCCUGAACAUGGCUUUGGUGAACCAUGCCAUCCCUGUCCCUCCAGGAACUCAGCUGAGUUCCAGGCUGUAUGUAGUAGUGGCAUUGGUAUAACAGCUGAUGGCAGAGAUAUCAAUGAGUGUGCCUUGGAUCCAGAUAUUUGUCAAAAUGGCAUCUGUGAGAAUCUGAGAGGAAGUUAUCGCUGUAUCUGCAACAUUGGUUAUGAAUCUGACAGUAGCGGCAAAAACUGUGUUGAUAUCAAUGAGUGCCUGGUGAACCGGCUUUUAUGUGACAAUGGCCUAUGCAGAAACACUCCUGGCUCCUACACCUGCUCCUGUCCCAAGGGCUUUGUCUUCAAACCAGACUCCGAGACAUGCGAGGAUAUCAAUGAGUGCGAGUCCAGCCCAUGCAUCAAUGGAGUAUGUCGUAAUGUGGCCGGGUCUUUCAACUGUGAGUGCUCUCACGGCAGCAAGCUGGACUCCACCAACACCAUCUGCGUGGAUAGCAUGAAGAGCACCUGCUGGCUAACCAUUCAGGACAACCGCUGUGAAGUCAACAUCAACGGCGCCACACUCAAGUCUGAGUGCUGCUCCACUUUGGGAGCAGCCUGGGGCAGCCCCUGUGAGCCCUGUGAAAUUGAUACAGCAUGUUCCCGUGGAUUUGCUCGUAUGAAAGGUGUUAUUUGUGAAGACAUUAAUGAGUGUGAGGUGUUCCCUGGCGUGUGCACAAAUGGCCGCUGUGUGAACACUCAGGGCUCAUUUCGCUGUGAGUGUCCCGAGGGCCGCACUCUGGAUGGGACUGGACGUACCUGUGUGGACAUGCGGUCUGAGCAGUGCUACAUGAAGUGGCAUGAGGAUGAAUGUGGGGCCCCUUUGCCCGGACGGUACCGCAUUGACAUGUGCUGCUGUUUGGUGGGUGCUGCCUGGGGUAUCGAUUGUGAGGAAUGCCCCAAAGAGGAUACACCUGAAUUCAAAACCAUCUGUCCCAGAGGCCGUGGCUUUGCCAACCGAGGAGACAUUCUGACUGGCAGAUCCUUCUAUAAAGAUGUGAAUGAGUGUAAGGUGUUCAAUGGUAUAUGCACUCACGGGACUUGCCGUAACACCAUUGGCAGUUUUAAAUGUCGCUGCAACAGUGGGUUUGCCCUGACUGCUGAGGAAAGGAACUGCACAGACAUUGAUGAGUGCCGUAUCUCCCCUGACCUGUGUGGACAUGGAACAUGUGUCAAUACACCUGGUAGUUUUGAGUGUGAAUUUGAGGGCUACGAGAGUGGAUUCAUGAUGAUGAAAAACUGCAUGGACAUUGAUGAAUGUGAGAGGAACCCUCUGUUGUGUCGUGGAGGAACCUGCCUCAACACAGAUGGAAGUUAUGAGUGUGAAUGUCCCUCUGGAUACACUCUGAGCAGCGAUGGCUCUGCCUGUGAAGAUUUAAAUGAAUGUGAACUCAGUGAGAAUCUGUGCAGAAAUGGGCAGUGUGUGAACAUGCCAGGAACAUACCAGUGUUCAUGUGAGACAGGUUACCAGGCCACACCGGACAGACAGAGCUGUGUUGAUAUUGAUGAGUGCACUAUUAUGAAUGGAGGCUGUGAAACUCACUGUACAAACUCAGAGGGCAGCUAUGAGUGCAGCUGCAGUGAGGGUUAUGCUUUGAUGCCUGACCUCAGAACCUGUGCAGAUAUUGAUGAAUGUGAAGAGUCACCUGACAUUUGUGAUGGAGGCCAGUGUACUAAUAUUCCUGGUGAAUAUCGGUGUUUGUGUUAUGACGGGUUCAUGGCUUCCAUGGACAUGAGGACCUGUAUCGAUGUGAAUGAGUGUGACCUGAACCCAAACAUCUGUCUCCACGGUGACUGUGAGAACACCAAAGGCUCUUUCAUCUGCCACUGUCAGCUGGGAUACUUUGUCAAGAAGGGAUCCACAGGCUGCACAGAUGUGGAUGAGUGUGAGAUUGGAGCCCAUAACUGUGACAUGCACGCUGCCUGUAUUAAUGUACCUGGAAGCUUCAAAUGUCGCUGCAGAGAUGGUUGGAUCGGAGAUGGCAUCAAGUGUAUUGACCAGGAUGAGUGCUCUGCAGAAGACCACAACUGCAACAUCAACGCAGACUGUGUCAACACACCAGGCUCUUACAGGUGCACAUGCAAAGAGGGCUUCAAUGGAGAUGGAUUUUCAUGCUCUGACAUGGACGAGUGUGCAGAUAAUGUGAACCUGUGUGAGAAUGGCCAGUGCCUGAAUGCUCCAGGAGGAUACCGCUGUGAGUGUGAGAUGGGCUUUACACCAACCGAGGACAAUAAGGCCUGCCAAGAUAUCGAUGAGUGUAAUUUCCAGAACAUAUGCGUGUUUGGAACGUGCCAGAAUCUUCCAGGCAUGUUUAGGUGCGUCUGUGAUGACGGUUAUGAGCUGGACCGCAGUGGAGGAAACUGCACUGACAUCAAUGAGUGUGCUGACCCUGUGAACUGCAUCAAUGGACUGUGCGUGAACACCCCAGGCAGCUACUUGUGCAAUUGUCCUGCCGACUUUGAGCUUAACCCGACUGGAGUUGGCUGCGUGGAUACACGUGUUGGUAACUGCUUCCUUGAUGUCCUGGCUCGAGGAGAUGGGGGUAUCUCGUGCAGUGCAGAGAUUGGUGUGGGGGUGACCAGAGCAUCCUGCUGCUGCUCUUUGGGAGGAGCCUGGGGCAACCCAUGUGAACUUUGUCCACCCUCCAACUCCACUGAAUAUAAGACCCUCUGUCCCGGUGGAGAGGGUUUCCGACCAAACCCCAUCACUGUUAUUCUUGAAGAUAUUGAUGAGUGCCAAGAGCUGCCUGGUCUGUGCCAGGGAGGAAACUGUGUGAACACGUUUGGCAGCUUUCAGUGCGAGUGUCCUGCAGGUUACUACCUCAAUGAAGAAACUCGUAUUUGUGAGGAUAUUGAUGAAUGUACAACUCACAUUGGCAUCUGUGGGCCUGGUACCUGCUACAACACUCUGGGGAACUACACCUGUGUGUGCCCUCCAGAAUAUAUGCAGGUCAAUGGAGGAAACAACUGCAUGGACAUGAGGAAGAGUGUCUGUUACCGUAACUUCAAUGACACAUGUGAAAAUGAGCUGUCCUUUAACAUGACCAAAAAGAUGUGCUGCUGUGCCUACAAUGUGGGCAAGGCCUGGAACAAACCCUGUGAAGCCUGUCCAACUCCCGCCACCAAUGAAUACCAACUGCUGUGUGGAAACCAGGCUCCAGGCUUCAUCAUUGACAUCCACACUGGAAAGCCUAUUGAUAUUGAUGAGUGCAGGGAGAUCCCUGGGAUCUGUGCCAAUGGUGUCUGUAUCAACCAGAUCGGUAGCUUCCGUUGUGAAUGUCCAAUGGGCUUCAGCUACAACAAUAUCCUUCUCAUUUGUGAAGAUAUUGAUGAGUGUAACAGUGGAGACAACCUGUGCCAGCGAAACGCCAACUGUAUCAACAUCCCAGGCAGCUACCGCUGUGAAUGCUCUCCAGGAUUCAAGCUGUCUCCGAGUGGAGCCUGCGUUGAUCGCAAUGAAUGCCAGGAAAUCCCUAAUGUCUGCAGCCAUGGAGAGUGCAUUGACACUCAGGGAAGCUACCGAUGUCUGUGCCACAAUGGCUUCAAGGCCACUCUGGACCAAACCAUGUGCAUGGACAUCGAUGAGUGUGACAGACAGCCAUGUGGAAAUGGCACCUGUAAAAACACUGUGGGGUCCUAUAACUGUCUGUGUUUCCCCGGCUUUGAGCUCACACACAACAAUGACUGCAUGGACAUUGAUGAGUGCAGUGCUCUGCAGGGUCAAGUGUGCAGGAAUGGACACUGUAUCAAUGGCUUGGGCUCCUUCCAGUGUCUCUGUCUGGAAGGAUAUGAAAAUACACCAGAUGGAAAAAACUGUGUUGAUAUCAAUGAGUGUGUAAGUCUGCCAGGAACUUGCUCUCCAGGAACCUGUCAAAACCUGGAUGGAUCUUUCAGAUGUAUUUGUCCCCCUGGAUAUGAAGUGCAGAAUGACCAGUGCAUAGAUAUUAACGAGUGUGAUGUCGAGCCCAACAUCUGCCAGUUUGGCACUUGCACCAACACUCCGGGCAGCUUCCAGUGCACAUGCCAGCCAGGCUUUGUUCUGUCCGACAACAAACGCAGCUGCUACGACACCAGAGAGAGUUUCUGCUUCACCAAGUUUGAGGCUGGAAAAUGUUCAGUACCCAAAGCCUUUAACACAACAAAGGCUAAAUGCUGUUGCAGUAAGAUGCCUGGUGAGGGCUGGGGGCUUCCCUGUGAGCUAUGUCCUCAAGAGAACGAAGCUGCUUUCAACACACUUUGUCCUUUUGGCCAUGGUGCUUUGCCUGGACCAGGAAAUACCCGUGAAGAUAUGAAUGAGUGCCUGGAGAAUCCAGGCAUCUGCCAGAAUGGCAUCUGCAUCAACACAGAUGGUUCUUUCCGAUGUGAAUGUCCAUUUGGAUACAAUCUGGAUUACACUGGAGUCAAAUGUGUUGAUACUGAUGAGUGCUCUAUUGGAAAUCCCUGUGGAAAUGGAACCUGCACUAAUGUUAUUGGUGGAUUUGAGUGUGCUUGCAAUGAGGGCUUUGAACCGGGCACUAUGAUGACCUGUGAAGAUGUAAAUGAAUGCUCCCAGAAUCCACUGCUGUGUGCUUUCCGCUGUGUCAACACAUUUGGUUCUUAUGAAUGUAUGUGUCCAUCCGGCUACGUCCUGAGAGAUGACCAUCGCAUGUGCAGAGACCAGGAUGAGUGUGCGGAGGACUUGGAUGACUGUAACUCAAAGGGCAUGAUGUGUAAGAACCUGAUCGGUACAUUCAUGUGCAUCUGCCCUCCUGGCAUGCAGCGGCGCCCAGAUGGAGAGGGCUGCAUGGAUUUGAAUGAGUGCCGUGCCAAACCUGGCAUCUGUAAGAAUGGGAGAUGUGUCAACACUGUGGGAAGUUACCGCUGCGAAUGCAACGAUGGUUUUGAGCCCAGCUCCACAGGAACCGAGUGCAUUGACAACAGGAAAGGCUACUGUUACAUGGAGGCCCUGCAGACCAUGUGUCAGCAGUCGUCCACAAACAGAAACAGUGUGACUAAGUCUGAGUGCUGCUGUAACGCCGGCAGAGGAUGGGGCACUCAGUGUGAGCUUUGCCCACUCCCUGGCACGGUCCAGUACAAGAAGAUGUGCCCUCUUGGACCAGGCUACACUACUGAUGGGCGAGAUAUUAACGAGUGCCUAGUGAUCCCAGACCUGUGUAAGAAUGGUCAAUGCAUCAACACAAUUGGAUCCUUCAGAUGUCACUGUAAUAUUGGUUACAAAGCAGACUUUACCGCCACUUCCUGUGUUGAUAUGGAUGAAUGUGCUCUGUCCCCAAAGCCUUGUAACUUCCUAUGUAAGAACACUGAGGGCAGUUAUUUGUGCUCCUGUCCCAGAGGGUACAGCCUGCAGCCAGAUGGAAAGACAUGUAAAGAUCUGGAUGAGUGCUCCACCAAGCAGCACAACUGUCAGUUCCUUUGUGUGAACACCAUCGGAGGAUUCACCUGCAAAUGUCCUCCUGGCUUCACUCAGCACCAGACGGCCUGCAUCGACAAUAAUGAAUGUGCAGCUCAGAACAGUGUCUGUGGUUCUCGUGCUUCUUGUGUCAACACUCCUGGCAGUUUCAACUGUGAAUGUGGCAAAGGAUUCUCACUGGAUAGCUCUGGAAUCGAGUGUGAAGAUGUGGAUGAAUGUGGCAGCAACCACCGCUGUCAACAUGGCUGCCAAAACAUGAUGGGAGGAUACCGCUGUGGCUGUCCUCAGGGAUAUGUGCAGCACUACCAAUGGAACCAAUGUGUUGAUGAAAACGAGUGCCAGGGAGGAACUGUGUGUGGUUCAGCCUCCUGUUAUAACACAUUGGGCAGCUACAAGUGUGUAUGUCCUUCUGGGUUUGACUUUGAGCAGCAAAGUGGUGGCUGCCAAGACGUGAAUGAAUGUAGCAUGGGCAACAACCCUUGUAGUUAUGGCUGCUCCAAUACUGAUGGAGGGUACCUGUGUGGAUGUCCAGGUGGUUUCUACAGAGCUGGGCAAGGUCAUUGCAUCUCAGGCACAGGAUUCCCUGGGCAGCUUGCUGAGGGUGAAGAAGAUGACAGUCUAUCACCAGAGGCCUGCUACGAGUGUAAGAUUAAUGGUGGAGCUAAGAAUGGCCGACACAAGCGCAAUGCUGACAGCAAUGAGCUCAAUCAGAAGGAUGCUGUGAGCAUGGCCAGUGUGGACACUCAGGAUAUCAUACCCAUGAAUGUAUCUUUGGCAUCCCUGCUAAAUAAAGAGCCUCUGUUGGAACUGCUUCCAGCACUGCAGCCCCUAGAGCAUCAUGUCCGCUACGUCAUCACCCAAGGCAACGCCAACGAACACUUCCGUCUGCUGGAACGCCGUGAUGGGAAGAGUGUGCUCCGACUUGGCAAGAAGCUCCCUCCGGCUGGGUCCUACAGGCUGGACAUCACCAGUCUGCGACUGUUUGGCCCACGCAGGCUACACCAGCUGGAGGAGCAGCAUGACACUGACUACCUACAAGGGGAGAUAGGAGAUGCCCUGCGCAUCAAGCUCCAUAUCCACCUGCACUGAGGUGCCCAGGACUGACUGCCUUCAGGACCAGUACCACCAUCAGGAGGGCUAUAUAAGACUGAUUCAAUCAGCCAUCUACCACCACUCAUGCAAUUACGAUUACUUAUGUUUUUUGUUUUAAUAUACCCUCUCUACAUCAAUCUGAUCCAGCGCUCUCCACUGAAAGAACUGAAGAGGUGACCAAAAGCAGCCAAGUGCUUGGACCAUAGCCCAGGACAAUUUGUCAGUCCACCAGCACAUGCCCCAUGUGUUACAUUUGUCUUUGUAACACAAAUGUAACACAAGAAAAGUGCUUUAAGGCCAGACCUUUCAUUGUAUAUGAUGUCUGCUGGGAUAUACUUCAGAUUAGAUUAUGUAUUACAGUAAACCUGGUGUACAAAAUCAUCUACUCAGAGAGCCAGGCUCACUGUCAGUGGUCCAAGGACUUGUCUGCUUCAAUGUCAUCACUAACACUGAGCAGGACAUCAGCACAGGCUCCUGCUCCAAGUAUUGUAGCAUGUCAUUUUAUGUGUUGUUGAAAUGUUAACACGAAGGACUGCAACAUUUACAUGACAAUUCAGGUGUUUUCUACUUUAAUAUUUGUCUGUUUGUACAUGGACAUUACCCAAUCUUUCAUAACUCGUAGCUGUAUUCUUCUGUGACGUGAGCAGGGAUUAGUGUGAAUCGUGUUGUGUGCUCCGUGACGCUGUGUGUGAACUCAGAACUGAAGAGGGUGCUAGAGUGUCCCAGCAGGGCCAUCAGCAGGUUAUAGCUUUUAGGUUUUAAAAAUAUCUGACUGACACCAGGUUGCAUUUUGUAUUUAUCCUUUAAGGGAUCAAGACUUAGGGUGCACUGAUUCCAGGCCAAAGUGUUUGAGCUGCUCUGACUGGCACAGGCCUUGUUUACGACAUACACAUACAGUGACGUCCAGUCUUAAAGGUACAUGUACGUGUAACAUUACCUCAGCUAACCACAGGUAAUGCAUCACACUAUACUCUCUGAGGGCAAGCACAGGUGGACACCUAACCUCAUCUGUCAGGUCAUUUCUUGAGAUUCUUCUCUCAAAGAGAAAAAAGGUGCUAAAUAAAACCUUUGACGCUGUACAAAGAAAAGUGCAGUCUUGAAUCUGGAUUGCAAAAGUGUUUUGUUACUUUUUGUUAUUAUGUGUCUGUUUUGUCUCAGUGCUGAAAACAAUUAUCAGAAUUGCUUUUUGAAAAUUAAAUUGUAUAUUUUUAAGGAAAAUGUAGAUUUUUUAAUGUUGAGGAUGCCAAAAUUUACUCAGAGAUUUUUUGUUUGAGACUGUUUUUUCCAGACCAAAAAGUGAUGUUUUCACCAUUUCAUGUAAAACCACUGCUUCUUAAACCAGCUGUAUUAUUAACAUUCCUGGUAUUGAUAUAUUUUGCUUUCUCAUUUACAAAAGGAAACUUGACUGACUACAGCGAGGACCUCUGUUUCUAAGAACACUUUUGCUGCACUGUUUCACGGCCUUUUACAGACUUUGUUCAUUAUAUCCACCUUCUAACCUGGGAACCUUUGUAUACUUGUAUCUUUUAUGAUUUAUUUUAUUUGCCACUAUGUUUUUAAAAAGGCAGUUCUGCUCUGCUACAGUGCCACUUGAAACACUAUUGUUGUCAUUCAAAUGUCCAGAUCAUGUACAAAUCACAAGACAAGAAUGGCCUCACAAAAAGCUUCAGUGACAAUCAUCAAAGCACAACUUCCCAGGCAAUAAAAGAAUCAGCCUUCAUCUGUGCUUAGACCUAACCAAAAAUGACUGCAGUCUGUAAAAUAGGAUUCAGUAAUGUUACUUUUAUCCAACGGCAUAAAUGAAAAUAAAGUACUGUUGGUUAAAUUUUUUAAAUGUUA